AUCAACCAAAGAGCAUCAGAUCAGAUCAGCCCACCCAAAGACAACAACAUGCAUACCCAUAAUAUCUAGCAGAAGCAACAGCAACAUCCCGGAUCAAGAGUCCACCCCGUGUCCGCAAACAAUCUACUACCCCACACCACCACCACCCCACCAUUUGACUAUCUCAUCGCAACUCCAGAAAAGAAAAAAAACCUCAACCUCACUUUUCACUACACAACCAAACAAUGACCUCUACAACAACUACCAGCGGAGAAGGAGAAAGAGGAGGAGGUUUCCUCCCCCCAACCCUCCCAUCCCCAGCCCCCUCCACCCCACGACCAAGCACGCCCUCCCUCCUCCCCAAACCCCGAACACAUCCUCUCCGCGCGGGCUCCGCCAAAGAAGCAACAGUGAUUAAUCACAUCGAUACAACUCUACUGAGGAUCUCGCGCCGGCAUGCGAAGAAGUUCAGCAGUGCUUACUAUAAGCCUAACGAUGAAUCCAACUUCAAUGCGAACUAUUCUCCGGAAUCAUUCUCAACCCGAGGGUAUGGGAAGGGAGAAGAGGAAGGUGAAGUACAAGGCUACGAAAGCUUCAAAGAAGUUGCUCGUGAUUUAAAGGGUUUGGUGGAUGUGCUUUGGGUUAGUGGGACGCCAUCUCUCCAAAUCCCCUACCUCAUCUCCCUAGCCAUUCAAGUCAACUCCUACCUGCCCGAGUAUCCCUUCUCGGCGGCGCCUACGUUCCGGUUACUGCGGAAGUUGGAUGAGGUGUUUGCGGAGCUUUUGGGUGGUGGUAACGAGGAGAAAAAGAGUGUCGUGUCUAUGACGGAGAAGGUCCGGAUCAAGAGUAUUGCGGAGUCGUGUCGGGUGUUGGUUGUUGAGACGAGAGAGAAGGAGAAUGAGGAUGCUAACGGGGAGGAUGACUAUGAUGAGGAUGAGGAUGAAGAGUUUGAGGAUGUCUAUGGGAAUGCAAAUAAACUGGAGGAUUAUAUGCCCAUUCCUGGGAAAUGGGAGAUGGAGACGGCGAAGGUUUAUGAGAGGACGAUUCAGUUGUUGGGGGAUGAGUUGGGUAAUGUGGGUGAGUAUUGUGAUGAGGAUUUGGCGGCCGGUGAGGAGGGGGCUUGUGAUAUGGGGGAUUUUGUGGUUGAGUUGGAGGAAGAUGACGAGAGGUGAUAUUUAUCGUCUGUACCUUUCGGGUUGGUUUGAUAUCAUGUGGGAUGUGGUGUGGUGUUGAGGUGAGGGUGCUUUCUAUGUGGUAUAAUGUCUGCGCAGUGAGUAUCAGGGGCGUCUAUGGCGUUGAUGGACAAUAAGGACACUUGGAUUGUUGGUAUUACAUAUUUAUAUUAAGGGUGCAUAAUGAGGGCUUGGAGUCACACUUUGUUUGGGUUCUAUCAUUCGUUACAGUCUCUAUCGCCUGGCUCAAUCACUCCUCUCUAAUUAUUGUAUUCUACUACAGCAAUGCCACACGGCAACAGUAGUAGUCUAGACUUCAGUGACUUUGUCCCGAUAUCCGGCCCGACAUGGACCAUAUUAAUAAUAAUAAUAAGCCCAUGCUCC